UGACCAUUGAAGCAUCACUAAUGACCACUCCUCCCAUAACAGAGCAGCACUCUCCUCUCCAUCCUCAUCCAUCCAUCCUGCAUCCAACAACCUGGAGGAGAGAGCGUGCAACUACAUCACUGCCUCCUCCUCACAGCGUUGGUCGCCAUCCAUCCAUCCUCUCCUCCUCCUCCUCCUCCUCCUCCUCCUCCUCCUGUACCAUAACAGAUGGUGGGAACAACAUUGCAUCCACCGGGUAGCCUACCACCACAACAAUAGACCGCAGCAGCAGCAGCAGCAGCAUCCAGUCCAGACGACGCUGCUGGCCUUGCACCACCAUUACCCUCACCAUCAUCAUGCUCCUCUUAGUGCAGGACUGCGCCAGGCUGUGAGUGCCGUCGUGAUUCAUUUCACGCGGUACCUCCACCGUCACCACGGCUACGGAGGAAGAACAACCUUCUCCUAGCGACUGUUGUUCGGGAAGAAGAAGAUGGCCGCUAUGAAAAUACUAACAGGCACUGGUCUCUUCUUGGCUUUCUGUGCGCUCGGGCUGCUCGCCAUGGCCAUCUGCACCGAUUACUGGUACGAGACCGACGCGAGGAGACACCGGGAGAGGUGUAAAAACUAUGCCAACAAGCGCAACGACCCGGGUUACAUCUACAUCUCCAACCACAACCUGCCGCUCCAGAUGCCUCCAAAGAGCAGCGGCCCAGAUGCUGGAGCUGCUGGAGCUCUCAUCAGGACCAAGCGGCACUUUCUGGCCGCAGCGUCCGCCAUGGAGUCGCACUGCAACCGGCAGUUCAACUCCACCAUCUCCGGGCUGUGGAGGAAGUGUCACCGGGAGGGAUUCGACCUGGAGACCGAGGACCUUAUCUACAAAGGAAUAAUUCAAAGAUGUACCGCAGUCAAGUAUCACUACUCUUCGUCCAUCCUACCACGAAAUCUACCCGUCAACAUCACAAAGACCAUACGACAGGAUGAGUGGCACGCACUCCAUCUAAGAAGAAUGACGGCCGGCUUUGUGGGCAUGGCCGUGUCCAUCAUUCUCUUUGGCUGGAUCAUUGGAGUGCUGGGAUGCUGCCAGCAGCAUGACCUCAUGCAAUAUGUAGCUGGGCUACUCUUUCUCAUGGGAGGAACAUGCUGCAUCAUCUCCUUGUGCACAUGUGUGGCAGGGAUCAACUUUGAGUUAUCCCGCUACCCCCGCAACAUGUACGGCCUCCCUGAGGACAUUAGCCAUGGCUAUGGCUGGUCCAUGUUUUGUGCCUGGGGGGGCCUCGGUCUCACAUUGCUGGCUGGCUUCCUCUGCACCUUGGCGCCCUCCCUGAGCACGCCCACUCGCACAACGACCCACAAGCCGAGGCAGGAGAACGGAACCGUGUGACAAGAGGUGUCCUGAAGCGGCCGACCCACCGAACGCACAAACCGCACCCUUCCAACCUUGAUGUUUAACUCUGAAAACAGUUUUUGUCUGAUCACCAUCUCACACCAAACCCCCGACAUCGCCAUUUCCCCCUCAGUGUUCAGUGUGCCUGAGUUGUGACAGAAGGAGCAAAAGUAACAACAAACUUCACACACCCAAUCUUGAAAAACCCCAGAGGGACCUCCAGGAACACCAAGACUAACAGCUACAGUAACGUAUGUCUGGGGCAUGGCUCUCAUAGCACAAAUAAGACAUUUUUUUUGGUUCAGAUGUUUGACAUGCUGACUUUAUGGCGAUCUAAAGGUGACUGUUUUCUCUGAAGAGAAUUUGUCUUAAAAUGGUGCUCUCUUAAAUACAUACACUCCCACGCAGCACACACACACUUACACACACACACACACACACACACACAGACACACAC